GUAAGCGUAGGUCGAGUGAGAGCUUUGGCGUACGUUAGUUCAAAGUGUAUGUGCAUAUGUUACAAAAUGGUGAACAACGAAGAAGCAGUAACCGCUCUGCCGACGAUGGCGAGAACCCCGUUGAAAUUUUCGUUUUCCAUCACUUCGAUAUUGUCGGAAUCUGCCAAAGAGGGGCCGAAAAGUCCGAAUGUAGCGAGUAGCGAGUCGGAGCAUAACGAUUCCGAUUGCGAAUUAGAUGUUAUUGGAGAUUGCGACUCUUCGCCGUUGGAUUGUUCGAAAACCGGCGAAACCGACGAUAAAGAUAAGGAAAAAAAGUCCAAGGAAAAACCCCCCUAUAGUUACAACGCCUUGAUAAUGAUGGCGAUUAGAAACAGCCCUGAAAAACGUUUGACCCUCAAUGGCAUCUACGAGUACAUCAUGACCAAUUUCCCGUACUACAGGGAUAACAAGCAAGGCUGGCAAAAUUCGAUCCGACACAACCUCAGCUUGAACAAGUGUUUCGUGAAGGUGGCGAGGAGUUACGAUGAUCCUGGCAAGGGUAACUAUUGGAUGCUGGACCCCAGCGCAGAAGACGUCUUUAUUGGCGGAACCACUGGGAAGCUACGCCGUAGGUCGACCGCCGCGUCUAGAUCCAGACUAGCUGCCUUUAGAAGAACCUUGUCAAUGUAUUCACCUUUGCAACCGGUUUACCAUCCGUUCUAUCCCGCAUCCAAUACGACCCAAUUUUGGCCGUAUAUUCAGACCGGAUCACCAACCGUGUUGAGACCGUGUCCCAUACAGCCUCAGCCUUACAACGUAGAGCGGCUUUUGGCUGUACAGCCACCCAGGGUGAACUUGGGGGCUCCGUUUUUUCGUAGACCCGUCGAUUACGGAAAUUUGUUACUGCCAGAUCAUCUGAUAAUGUCGCAGUACCACCAAAACACACGUUCGCCUUCCAGUAGUCCGGACUCCAGUAGUGGUAGCGACGCGUUGAAUACGGUCAUGGUACCUAGACUAAGUUAACUUGUUCCGAAUUAGAACAGCUUUGUUGAUCUCAUUUUUAUUGUUGAUUAUUGUGUUGUUGUACAUAAAUAUGUAAAUAAACCGGUGACGCUGUUAAACUGACGCGUAUGUAAGUAAACAAAUGACUAUUGUGAUGUUAGAUUUCAG